GGACCAAUGACCACUCUCGUUACCGGAUAAUCUGAUCAUCUCUCCUUCUCUAGAUCUUAUUUCUAAUCUUCAGACGGGUUCUCUUCACUGACCACCAUGCCACCCCGCGACGCGAAUUGGAUAGACGGCCUCCGAGGAAUAGCCUCAUUCAUGGUCGUAUGCGGUCACCUUUGUACCGCAUUCGUGCCAUGGCUACAUGCCCCAGCCGACGAUCCCAAAUCCGCACCACACCUCUUCCAACUCCCCUUCUUCCGCCUAUGCGUGGGCGGCCGCGGCGCUGUAGCUCUCUUCUUUCUCAUAACGGGCUAUGUGAACUCAAUUGGACCCAUAGGCAAAUCCCGUGCUGGGAACCAUGACGCUGCAUUUAUGGGCAUUGCUCGCAGUGCCUUGGCCCGAUCAGGCAGGCUCGUCCUCCCCACUAUGAUCGCAACUGCCUUUAGUUGGUUUUUGGCCAACACCAACGCAUACCACAUGACCAAACAUGUCGACUCAACUUGGAUACGACAAGGGUGGCAUCGCCAAGAGCCUACAAUGUGGAUGGCGCUCAAGACGCUGGUUCGCGCCGAAGUUGAGACGUGGACAAUUGGCUGGGACGACUACGACGGAACACAAUGGACGCUACACCUGUUUUUGGAAGGCAGCAUGCUGGUGUACAUGACCAUGAUGGCCACCGUUCUCGUAAAACCAAAAGCGAGGAUCCUAGUUUUUGCCCUGCUCUACCUGUAUUUCUGGCAACUUGGGGAGGGACUCGCUAUCGGCGCAUUGAAAGGCCUCAACAUCGUCGUAGGAAUGUUUGUUGCUGAACUUCACAACCACUACAAGGACGCUGCAACUUCCGUACUUCCAGCUCCAGUCCCAGGAUUAUUAAUACUCGCGGGUAUGUUCAUGGCUUGUUACCCUCAGGAUAAUCCGCAAAAUGCCUAUUGGUCACAUACGAUGGCGCGAAUGAUGCAUACCGUCACGGUCAAGGACGCGGAUGUUCGGCGUUACUGGGAUUCUAUCGGAGCUUCGACCGUGCUCAUUGGAAUCUUCUUCUCCCGUAACGCCCGCCGAGUGCUCACCUCACCGAUUUUCAAUUUUCUUGGACGUGUUAGCUUCCCGGUGUAUCUUUUACACAAUUCACUGAUUAAAUCCGUUCUUACCUGGAUGGUCUACCUCCCUUCGGCCAUGAAUCCUCCUCGGAACGAGAAAGGCGAGCAGAUGGAUCUGCAGCGAGGUUCAACAAUGCACAUGUUUAUUGCCAUCGGGAUCUUCUACUAUAUUCUCUAUCGGAUGGCUUCACUCUGGAUACAAUACGUCGAUCCAAUUUGCGCAAAUGUUGUGAACGCGACCACUAAAUGGGCGUACGGAGAGUCACAGUCGAGUCACAAUGGCCAUCCUGUUCGAAAUGGAAGCAUCGAAAAGACAGUCCUUCCGGCGUAACGUUAAAGGUCUUUCCAAGACCCUUCCGGAUUUUUCCCGACAUUCAUCAGUAUAUUAUUCUGAGGCAGAGCCU